AACGUAGGUAGCCCAAAAUAGGCUCUUCUUCUUCGUAGUCUCCACCUUCCAUGGCUAAGCACCUCAAGACCUCCCUUCUCUUGCUGCUUCCACUACUUCCUCUCCUCGUCGCAACUGUUUCAGCUGGUGUGUUCCUCAGCAUCGACUGUGGAUCUUCGGAGUCGUUCAUCGACGAAAGUAACAUCGAAUGGGUAGGCGACAACUUGUACAUCGGGCACGCCCGAAGCGUCGUCUUCGGGAACCACGGUUCGGUCUCGCGGGCCAUGACCACACUCAGAGUCUUCGAGUCGAGGAGGAAGAGCUGUUACCGGAUCGACGUUAGCGGCGGCGGACGAGUGCUCGUCCGUGCCAUCUUCUACUACGGGAACUACGACGGGAAGUCAUUUCCUCCAAGCUUCGCUCUGCAGUUCGACGCCAACGGCUGGGACACGGUGGUGACGUCGCUGGAUCAGCCGGUCUCGCGCGAGGCGAUCUACGUGGUGAAAGGCGACGCCACCAGCGUGUGCGUCGCCCUGAUGCUGACGAACCAGUUCCCGUUCGUGUCCGCCAUCGAGGUCAGGAGCUUGGAGUGGAGCAUGUAUGCCCAUGUCGACCCCAGCCGUGCGCUAUUCCUGCGAACAAGGGAGGCCUUUGGUGCACAGCAAAUCGUGAGGUACAAGGAUGAUGUUUAUGACCGUAUAUGGACCCCAAGCAUAAUAUCGAACGGGUUGACAACACUCGCAAGUGAUACAAGCUUCAUCGUCCCGGAUUCAAUGGAUAAGCCCCCAGCGUUGGUGCUGCAGACUGCAGUAGCACCCACCCAACUAUCGAGCUUGUCGAUUCUGUUGGGAAGAAACCUGUUAAUGCGGAAUAAUUUUUUUUCCUCUUUGUGUAUCAAAAUAGGUUUCUCAUCAAAAUACAUAUCAAAAUGCUAAUAUCAAUCAGUACAACAUAAACAAUAGAGCA